CCUUUGUCACUCUUGCUCUUCUUGGUUCUUGACAGUACCGCUUGUUUGGAAAUAUCCCCAGCAAAAAACAUGCACUAAAUUGUGCUUGUAGCAUGACUCUCUUUCUGGCUGGCAUGCUUCCGCCGACCAGUAGCAUCUUCAAUGCAUGUUAUGAAAACCCUUUGCGCGGAGGGUGCCAUUUUCUGGCCACCCCAGUUCCAACUCUUUUGAGAAGCCGAGUGUCUCUAAAGAUUGAAGCGAGAGGUAUUCCUCGAAAGGAGAGCGCCAAGAUCAGGAAUCGUAGAAUGCGGAGAAAGUUCAAUGGAACACAAACCAAGCCCAGACUCUCCGUUUUCUGCUCUACCAGGCAACUAUAUGCCAUGCUUGUUGAUGACCAUAACAAGAAGACUCUGUUUUAUGCCAGCACUUUACAGAACUCCAUGCGUGAGGAUCCUCCUUGUAGCACCUCAGAAGCGGCGCGGAGGGUAGGGGAAGCGCUUGUUCAAGCAUGCACAGAGCUGCAAAUUUCUGAGAUAUCAUCAUACGAUCGCAAUGGAUUCGCUCGCGGAGAAAGGAUGCAAGCUUUUGAGGUUGCCAUUGCACAAUAUGGGUUGCUAAGUAGGUGAUUGAUUAAGGUCUACUAGUUUAAAUUUUAUGAUUAAUGGUCAAAGAGUAUGAUUGUAAGUGAGUGGAUGUAUCUGUUAAAGGGAGUUUAACUCCUAUUAUUUUGCGUCCGGAGUUCGGAUGUAAAAUUUUUGCCUUGUGUAGUGAUCAUAUCUUGAUUGAAUUUGUAUUAGGAUUUGACAAUUAUUAAAUUUGU